CUAAGCUUCCUGUUCCCAGGGUGACAGGGAAGAUGAUCAAAUUCAUCAACAAAGGCACGACUAACUCGCGUUUUAAACGGACUCAAAUGGAGACUCCUGAACUUGGCUCACCUCUACAAGGUCUUGGCAGCAGCUGGAAUUGUUCUGAAAUCAUUUUUGAUUAAGAUAAGUGUCACUGCCUAUUGACCCUUACUGAUUUCCACUGGACUUCAGAGGAAACUUUAGAUACAGUGAUUCGGAGCUUCAAUGGCGUGGUCCUACACUUUAACGGUUGGACAAGAGCUCUACAUCUUAAACCAAGGAAAGGCUUCACCCAGCAAAACACGAAGAAAGUACGACUUUAGGCUGCUGUCUCCUAACACUGGAACCAAUGGAAACACCAUACAUCUUCACGGGAGGGUCAUUGCAGGUUCAGGAAAACACCCAUUAUUCACAGAACCCAAUCGUCUAAUUGCAUGUGGAAAGCAGUGUGUUCUGUCCCCAAGACCCUACCGCUGCACCUCCAUGCUCAAUAAAGCUGAAAGUGAAAGGUCCAUGAAUGCAGAGGAGAUUGAGAGGGAACCAAUCUCCACACACAGAAGCUUGGAUGACCAGAGAUUCUGCAGUGGGAGGUUAGAGACGUUAGAGGUGAAAAAGAGGGUGCACAGCUGCCUGGGGAGACGAACAGCGAGGCUGAUAUCCAUCCUCCGACCGUCUACAGCACCUGCAUGCACUCUGCAGACUAGGGAGAGUGAAGUAAUCCAGCAAAGGCCAGAAACUCCAAGUUGCAGGGUGGUGUGGAGAGCGAGAGAGGGUGAACACGGACACCCCGACAGCCCAGAUUCCACCUCAAGGGAAAUUCCUGUUCUACACCUCUACCUACCCUCCUAUCAGCUGCCCAAAAUGGAACAGGAAAUCACACAGGACAAGGAUUUGAGAUCAGAAAUCAACAUGGGAUUAGAUACUGAAACAGACAAACAGCUAAACAAUAUGAGUGAUACGAUUCAAAAUGACUUUAAAGAAAGAAAAGAAGAAGAAGAAAACAUGAUCCAAGGAAGGAGUGAGAGUAAAGAAGGCAUUGAAACUGGGAACAGUACCAAAAAUGCAGGUAGCAACAGUGAACAAAACGAAGAAACUGAAAUCACAGAGGAAAAAGAAGGAAGCGGCAUACUCUUUGAAGACAAUGGACGGCCUAAUUAUACAGACGACAGCCUGCUGCAGGACGUUACACAAGGUGAAGAAAAGCACAAUAAGAAAGAUGAACUCACGGAGGACAAAAGACAGCAGGAGGUCACCCAGGGUGAUAUAAUUAAGGGUGAGGAGAACAAACAACAUGAUAUUGGAGAGGAUAUCAGACAUAAUGACUAUACUGAGGACGUUAAGCAGCUUGAUAUCACUAAGGAACAUGACCAGGAACAUAGCACCACAGGAGAAAAUAGACUGCAGGGAUGCAGUGAAAACAAUGGGUCAGAUAAAGUUGCAGAUGACAUUGAAGGGAUCAACAAGAUGGCGCCAGACUUGGAGAUCCUGCAGAGCACUUCUGACCAUAAGGAUCUAAUAAAGACUCAAACGUCUAUGGAGAACCUAAAUGACCUAAAGGAGCAUCAACAGGUACUGGAGAAGCGAGAAAAAGCUCCACCUUCAAAGCUAAAAUCUGGACGUGCUCAUGUUACAACUUCAUGCUCGCUGGGCCAAAGCUCUGAAACCAACAGCCUGAGGAGGAUUACUCACCCAGCGCCAGUUAUAUCGUUCCCUUGCCUAUAUACACACACAUACUCCUCCCCCCUACCCCAUACGCUUCCAUCAUUUUAUGGGACCCAUUUUGGCUAUCGUCUCAGAACGCUCCAUACCCCCCAGCCCCAUCGUGCCAAGACAUGGACCACCAGCAUCAGCUCGGACAAAAGACUCAUAAAAACAGUGAAGGAACUGCCCCAGAGCAAAGAAACAAAGGGAAACCAUCAUGUCUCCACAAUGGAAACCAGAGGAACAACAGGUCCCCACCCCAAAAUAAUGAGCUCAGAGUGGGGGGCUCCGCCUUGUAAAACCAAAACCACCAAGACCUUUGUGUGGGGCCCAUGGGGUCCCCAAGAGACCAAGAGUGUGUGUGAGCUGCACACUCAAGCUAACAGGUGUGAUGGAGGGGCAGUUUGAAAGCUGUAGAGACUUCUUUGGCUGUGUGGGGGCUGCGUUCCUGCCCACUGCACACAAAUGAGGAAGAUUAUGAUUGAACGUACAGAGACAGGUGUGCCUGACUAGAAGUAAAUGAUGUCCAAAGAGUUUCAGGCAGAAAAGCUUGGCUAAAAAUAUGGGCAAGGCAACAUCUGCAGAUGCUCUCUUUCUACGAAAAGGAAGAUUUCUCAGACUCCUGUCGUAAAAGUAAAGAAAACUAGGGUUUCUCAUUACAAAGAAAUUACAGAGAAGGCUAAAUAUCUCUUGUUGCACGUUUCUUUCUAAUUAAAAUCAUGUUUGUAAUUACAAAUAUUGCCUGCAUUAAAUAUACUUUAACUUUUAAAAGUAUGUUUUUGGAAAUAUAAGCUUAAAUUUCUUAGUAUUUAUAGAUAGAUGGUAUUUAUAGAAAGAUAGAUAUAUGUACAUAUACAGAUAGAUGGUUUGGGAUAGCGCCCAUUCCUGACCUAUAAGUGAAUGCUAGGCCAACCAACCCCACUGCCCCUUUUGACAGACAGACAAAGGGAUUGAAAGAGUAAUAGAUAGAUGGACAGACAGGUAGGCAAACAGACAGACAGUGAGACAAUGGACAGAUAGAUACAUAGGCAUAAACAAACAUGGAUAGAUGGAUGGACAGACAGACAAUUGGACAGACAGACAGAGAGACAGUGGAUAGAUUUUUACAUAGACAUUAACAAAUGUCUAAAAAAAGAUGGACAGACGGACGGACUGACAGAGAAACAGGUGGCCAGACGGUCAGACAGACAUGCAAACAGAUACAGAGAGAGAGAAAGAGAUAAUGGACAUAUAGAUGUGAUAGACAUGAACAAACAGGUGAAUAGAUGAAUGGAUGGACAGACAAAGUGACAGAUAGACAGGUGGCCAGACGACAGAUAGACAAAGACAGUCAGACAGACAGAUGAAUGGACAAAUGAAUGGAUAGUUUUCCUGAUCCAUGCUGUGGGAAUGCUGUGCCAAUCAGCCUCACUGCCCUUUUUGUUCUCUCAACCUGAGCAGAUCAGGGUUAAAAGUAACACUGGGUUCCCAGAGACUCCCACUGCUGUUUCAAGCUUUAAAUGAAAUAAACUCAUAGGUUCUCACACAGAUUUAGUUUAGUUUUUCCUGUCUGGCCUCCAAGAACCGACCAGGUAUUGCAUAGGUUACGUCACUUAACCACAAAGUGCGGAGUGAGAAAAGUUGGCAGCUCUGAGUGUGAGAUAUCAGAUCUGUUUGAUUGGUGAAAGCAGGUGCUUUCUCAUACUCUGCUAUUUAUAGAAAGCACAGCUUGAAGCUGAAUGUAAUAUCAAUUUUAUAAGUGCUUUGUUAAAUCUGUUAUUACACACUGCAGUCACUGAGGUUUUAUAGAAAUUUAAUAGCAUUUUUUACACAGUGAUGGAAUAAAAGCAAAAUUCUGAACA